AUGUCUUCCACAGACAAAGACGCCUGUCCCGUCGACCACAAAACCCGUGACGCAUGGCUCUCCCAAGCCCGCGCCGCCGAAGCCGCCAAAGCACAAUCCCAAUGUCCCGUGGACCACACCUCACAAACACAGCCAAAAUCAUGGUCGCAAACAAUCACCUCAUAUCUCCCCUGGUCAUCCUCGCCAUCAACAACGCCUGCUCCCGAAACGAACCUGAACAAAGGCCUUGACACCAACCGCGUCAUCUCAACUAUUCCUCGAUCAGCCACAAAUCCCGAAUCCUGUCCCGUCGACCACGGCGCAUCAGCCAACGCGCCCAAUGCCGAAAUCGAAUCCGGCGUCGACGCCUCAGGGAAUUGGGUCUAUCCCUCCGAGAAGAUGUUCUUCGAUGCCAUGAAGCGCAAGGGUUACGACGCACGAGUAGCGGACAUGAAGACCGUUGUACCGAUCCACAAUGCAGUCAAUGAGCGAGCAUGGGAGGAGAUCAAGAAGUGGGAGGCUCCGUACCUCUCAAAGUCGACCUGCGGCGGACCUAAACUCGAGUCGUUUGCGAACAAGAACGAACGCAUGACGCCUACGGCUCGCAUCAACACAAUCCUUGGAUACACUGCCCCUUUUGACCGUCACGACUGGGUUAUUGAUCGGUGUGGUACUCGCGUCGACUAUGUGAUUGACUUUUAUGCUGGGCGACCGGGGGCAAAGGAUAAGGCUGGACCGAGCUUUUAUCUUGAUGUGCGGCCGAAGUUGAAUACCUGGGAGGGCGUGAGGAUGCGAGCUAUGCGGUGGACGGGGUUGGCGUGA